AUGCGGACUCAAUCCCUCCUCUCCCUCCUCGCCGCCUCAGUGGCCAUGGCCGCCGUCAACGAGCCCUGCAUUGGCUCCGGAGGCGCAGCAGGCAAGCAACCCCAACUUUGCCCUCUUCCGGGCGUCUGCAUCAGCUCCGUCGAUUGCUCCUCCGCCGGCGGCACUUCCAUCUCCGGCGCCUGCCCCGCCGACGCCGCUGACAUCAAGUGUUGCACCAAAUCGUCUUGCACGGCUUAUACAAGCGGCAACUGCCGCUGGCAAUCCGACUGCGCCGGCUCCUCCGCCUCGGGCUACCGCCCCGGCCCCUCGCAAAUGAAGUGCUGCUCGUCAACUGCCACCGGCUUCGGCGGCUACUCGACUCCCACCUACCCGGCCGUGGGGUCGUGCCAGCAGGUGUCGGUGACGGGGGCGCAAAAGGCGGUUGCGGCUUUCCCGGGAAUGGUCAGGCAGAUCUACUACAUUCGCGAUUGCGAGGCGGGCGCGACGUCUGAUCAUUGUACGGGCAAGGCUAUUGAUUUUAUGUGUUCGGAUGCUGGUGGUGUUCUUACCAUAUCCGGUCGCGAGAUCGCUCAGUGGGUUAUGAACAACCGGAGUACCCUCAACCUCAAGUAUGUUAUUUGGGGCCAGAUCUGGAACCCGUCGAUCGACUCGGUCAAGAGCUGGACUUCUUGGAGGACUAUGGAGGAUCGUGGGUCGAUUACCCAGAAUCAUUGGGACCACGUCCAUGUGAGCUUCAACUAG